AGAAUUUUUAAUGCUAAAAAGAAAUUGUAGUUUUUUUUGAUUGCAAGACACUACGUCAUUACGUCACAGCUUCGGGGCUUAGUAAUAAGUUAUCCGAGUUAUCCAUUUUAUCUACUUUAAAACAAGAACCUUUCCGGAAAAUGUCAAUUGAAAAUGAGUAUCAGCUUUUCCGAUAAAAGCAGACUUAAAGUAGCUGGAUUUGAAGUAUUUGAUGAAAUUGCUAUUAACAAAUCUCUUAAUAUCUUAUUAACAUCUCGUCACCUUAGAAACCCAUCGCAUAUUUUAUGGGAGGGACUUUACGGAAAAAUUCCACCAAGUAUUGAUCAUAUGGUUUCUGGAGUAUGCCUUUGGGACUGUCGUUGGAAAAUUGAAUUUUUCAACAAAAAAAAAGUAUCUAAUCCGGGUGUUGUAAGACCACUCUCGCUAAGUAUUACAAGAAAUGAAGCAUUUAAGUUUAUAAAGGAAGGAACAAAAGUAAAAUCUAUAACUGUUCCGAAAGGUUUGAGCCGUUAUCAUAAACUCUAUUUUAAUUGGCUUAAAGAGAGCGUUCAAAAGAUUAAAGUAAAACAUAUAUUUAUGCAUAUUCCUUUAGAUGAAUAUCACUUUUACAUAAAAGAGCUGGAGAAUCAUUUAAGCAAGUCGCUACCUUACAUUCAUAAAUGCCUCGAUUAUUUUGGACAAGAAAUUAUGAAAGAAGUUUGUUGUAUUUUUGAGCAAUCAAAAGUAAAACAUACAUUUUUAAACCCUAUGUCUGACUUUAACGUGCCCAGUCCUAUUCAAUCAUACCGAUACGCCUAUAACGAAUUAACUGAAAAAUACCCGGGUGAAGAAUUUUUCGCUUUCGAAGAUUUAAGAGAAUUUAAAUUACUAACAGGUUCAAAGAUUGCAAAUGGAUUAUUUUCAAUACUUGACCAUCCUGAUCCAUAUUGUGAUAAAAAAACAGAUGAAUAUAACUCUGAAACAUUUUUUUUAUGAUGCGGAAUAUACUUUUAUACGUGUUUAUGUAAUUCAUUUAUUUCCAAAAGUAUUCUUAGAAACAUAAGGAAUUUAAAAAAAAAAAAUGUAUUGAUGUUUUCAAAUUUAAAAUGAAGUGAAUUUUAAAAUGUCGAGUAUUGAACCAAUAAAACUUUUUUGAAGAAAAAUUU